GGCUAAUGCAAACACUUUUAAUAAGAGCUGACACGAACUAAAGGGAAGUCGUUGCUCGUCCCUCUGAGAAUUCAAUUCUUCGAACAGUUCAAAGAUUACGCAACGAAAGGAACCUUUUCAAUAUGCGUGAGUGUAUUUCAAUACAUAUCGGUCAGGCUGGAUGUCAGAUGGGGAGUGCUUGCUGGGAGCUGUACUGCUUGGAGCACGGGAUCCAGCCCGAUGGACUGAUGCCAAGUGAUCAGACUAUCGGGGGAGGAGACGAUUCAUUUAAUUCGUUUUUCAGCGAAACUGGAUCAGGAAAACACGUCCCAAGGGCAAUAUUUGUCGAUCUGGAGCCUACUGUGGUUGAUGAGAUUCGUACGGGCACGUACCGUCAGCUUUUUAAUCCUGAACAACUCUUCACCGGGAAAGAAGAUGCCGCUAAUAACUAUGCACGCGGUCACUACACCGUUGGCAAACAGCAUGUCGAUCAAGUAUUGGAUAAAACCAGGGCAUUGGCCGAUCAGUGCUGUGGUCUACAAGGCUUUUUAGUCUUUCACUCCUUCGGGGGAGGCACAGGAUCUGGUUUUACCUCCCUUCUAAUGGAGCGCCUUUCUGUCGAGUACGGCAAGAAAUCAAAACUACAAUUUUGUAUCUAUCCAGCACCUCAAGUAUCCACAGCCGUAGUCGAGCCUUAUAACGCCAUUCUCACCACCCACACCUCCCUUCAGCACACGGACUGCGCGUUUAUGGUUGAUAACGAGGCUAUUUAUGACAUCUGUCGUAGGAACCUCGACAUCGAGCGGCCAAUGUAUUCCAAUCUGAAUCGUCUGAUUGGUCAGAUAGUAUCAUCAAUCACUGCCUCACUUCGUUUUGAUGGCGCAUUAAAUGUGGAUUUAAAUGAAUUUCAGACUAACUUAGUGCCAUAUCCUCGGAUUCAUUUUCCUCUCGCAACCUAUGCUCCGGUUAUUUCUUCAGAGAAGGCUUAUCACGAGCAGUUAAGCGUUGCCGAGAUUACAAGUGCCUGCUUUGAAUCAGCCAAUCAGAUGGUGAAAUGUGACCCUCGUCUCGGCAAAUACAUGGCUUGCUGUUUGCUGUUUCGUGGCGAUGUGGUCCCUAAAGAUGUAAAUGCGGCCAUUGCUAGCAUCAAGACGAAGCGCACGAUUCAGUUUGUGGACUGGUGUCCCACGGGAUUCAAGGUUGGAAUCAACUACCAGCCUCCCACAGUUGUUCCUGGCGGUGACUUAGCAAAGGUUCAACGCGCGGUAUGUAUGUUAAGUAACACCACAGCCAUUGCAGAGGCCUGGGCCCGUCUGGAUCACAAGUUUGAUCUGAUGUACGCCAAGCGCGCAUUUGUCCACUGGUAUGUGGGUGAGGGUAUGGAAGAAGGAGAGUUCUCUGAGGCUCGUGAAGAUUUGGCUGCCUUAGAGAAGGAUUAUGAGGAAGUUAGUUUGGAUACCCCUAAUGGAUUGGAAGAAGAUGAAGAAGAAGAGUUUUAAUCAUUAAAUGAAAACUUGUUUAC